CUAUUUUCAACUUCCGAACUUGGAAAUUGGAAUAAUUGGAAGCGUUGUUGAAGUUGGAAUUGAAAAUGUCUUGUAGAAGACAAAAAGAAGAGUUCAAUGCUUCUCUGGACCGAAUCAGAAAAGAAACAGAGAUUCAAAGGGUGGCGUUUCAGUCAGUUCUACUUGAUAAUUCUGCUUCUAGAAGAGAGGAGCUAAUACUUAAGAUUCAAAACUUCAUUUUGAAAACUGUGAAAUGUGCAGCGAACGAUGAAAUACCAUCCAUAAAAGUGAACCGGAGAUUUCAAUGGAAAGACUCUGAAUUCAAUGAAAGAUUAUCGUUAAAACCGAGGAAUGAAACAUCUUGUCAACAUAUUAAAUUUACAAGUCACGAAAGAAGAUUUGUGAUAAUAUGCUGCCUCUUGCGUUCAAUUCAUCGUUUGCUUUUGUCAAGAAGUUCGGUGACUAAGAGAGAGUUGUACUAUGAGAGGACAGAGCUGUUUGGCAGCCAGACAUCAGUCAACACAGCAGUGCUGGACAUAUGUGAUCUUCUACACGCUUUACUGUGUUAA